UUGAUUGUGUUCGUUAAGAAAAAAAAAGAGUGGAAAAUUAUGCCAAACGCGAUGACAUCGAUUUUCCUGCCUCUCCUGCUGGUUGUGGGCGUAGUUUGGAGCAGAUCGUUGGAUACCGAAGGAGAUGGAAAUACUUUCCAGCCAUUCAUGACGACGUCUGACAAACGGAGAGUUUGCGUGGAAUUGUGCCUGACGGGACUAGGCGGUUCUCCGUGCGGCUCGGAUUGUAUCGAUAUAAUGCCUCAUAAUCUUCCCAUCCAGUUGGAUGACAACAUGACCAACUCGAAUUCUGAUAAAAGACACGUUAUGCGGAACAGUUCAUGUCCCGUUCUUUGUAAAAACAAUCUGGGAAAUCCUUUGUGUUCGUGCGACAACCUCAAUGUUGGUUUGGAGAAGGAUCAAAAUAACGUGAACUUCGUAGAAAUCUGCAGUGAUUUCUGUAUCAGAUACAGCUACAGAUUGGCCGGAUGUCAAAAAUGCAGCAUUUACCAAGCCCUUUUUUCUUCGGAAUCUGAAAACUUCGGUCAAACAAAUUUCAUGACCAGCAGUUAUAAUGGAAUCGACUGGUAUGCUUGGUGCCAAAAUCAGUGCGGAAAAGGAGAUGGAGGAGCUGCUUGCAAUUGCGAUCGCCUACCCAUAUAUUAAGAGAUAUUGGAGAAUAUCCAACCGGAUCAAAAAAAUCUAUCCUGGAUCCUUUUGAUGGCCAGCUUUCCUACUUAAAUAUAUAAAAGUGUUGGUUUUUUACUGUAUAGAAAUAGUUGUUUCUAUUUUGUAAUUGAUAUCAUAUAAAAAUAAAAACUGUUUACGAAAAUGAUGAAAAAAAUUGAAGUAAUAUGUUACAAUUGGUUUUGCCAGGAAUAAUUAUCAACAGAUAACAUUAUUAAUUUUUUAUUUAAACAUUAAAAAAUUCAAAACUGACCUAUCAGUCGACAAAAUGAUCAAUUUUUGUUUAUUUUUCAUUAAAAUAAAAACUAAUAGAAAGAAUAUUUUAUUUUCAUUUUGUGGCAUCAACCCCAGAUAUCAAAAUUAUUCUUGUUGUUGUCUGGGGAGUACAGAGAGUUGAGGCUAGGAGAACCGUCUUUAAAAAAUAAAUUUUAAAAAAAAUUACAAAAGAGACUCGAAAAAGAGUUACUGUAAGUGUUAAAGUUGAUUCCCAUUUUGUUCAACACAUUUACGGCAACAUUUCUCAACGGAGAGGCUGGAAGAAAUCACAGCGUGUCAGGUCAUACGACAGUUCGGGCCACUCAACGAAUCCUCGUCUGUCUAUCCAUACUGCAUGAAGUGUUGCAUCGUUAUCCAUUCACCCACGUAAAUUCUCAAGAACUUGGAUAUAAUUUUGGCCCGUCACGCCUCAAAAAAAUACCUACGAGAGCUCUCGCAUCAACACCUGCCCACAGUAGCACUGCAUAUUGGUUCGGAUGCUCAACUGACGCCAGUUCCUUAUUUUUGUUAGUUGUUACAAAUAUAGGUCGUCCAGAACGCGACGCGUCGGUAACAGAGCCCAUUUUUAAGAAUUUCUGGUACUGUUAGCGAUUUUGUAGCGGCGAGUUCGGAAACUGGAGGAAGACGUGUUAUUAUGAUAAAGACACAACUAUCUGAAGCAUGAACAUGCUUCGUUUUAAUCUUUUCGAGAACUUUGCCGGACUUAUGUCGACUUUACGAAAGCCUUGCCAACCUCUGUAUUAACACGCUUUUUUUAUAAACUUUGGUUAUUAUAUUGUUGUAAAUAUAUUGACUUCAUUGUUGCUAAUAUGGAGAUGAAAAAAUUAUGUACAAUGGGAAAGCUGUGCUCAAUGAGAAGUUGUCCAGUUGGAAAUUAAAAACUAAAGAAACCUCUGUCUUUUUUUCGACAGUAUCUAUAACAAUUUCAUCCCUUUCAACGGGCACUUUUUCAUACACUGUCUCCUAAUCUCCACCCUCCAUACUGAGGAGGUACAAUCGCUAACUACUACUUAUAGUCCAGGGAAUAGGUCCAGAUCAUGGGUAACUCAAACGACAUAGAACGACGAAUAUUUUUUUGUUUUGCCAUGAAAAUGAUCGAUGUAAAAAUAAAGCAACGAAUUGUUCUAAAACCUCACAUGGAACUUGGAAAAACUGUAUUUGGCUUAUGACAAUGAAUGUUUGACACGUCCACGUUUUUUUUGCAUGGUUCAAGCGUUUUUAACAUGACCAAGAAGAUUAUGAAGAAGAUUUACAUAAGAUCUGUGUGAUUGCUGAAUCUAUAGGAAUUGACAAAGUUUAUGUGCGGAAAAUUCCACCAUGCUAAAAUUGUGUUCAAUUUACAUUUUAACAACAAGAAGCUCGUAUUGUUAGAUCAACCACCUUAUUUACCAGAUCUUGCACCUCUUUCCUAAGGUCAAAUCUGCAUUAAAAUUAAUAUCAUUCGAGUUUGUUGAAGCUGUGAAAUAAAAAGCGGCGCACGUCCUGAAGGAUCUGACUGAAAAAAAAUUUUCGAACAAUGGAAGAUUCGAAUGGAGCAAUGUAGUGAUGGAGGAGGGCAAUAAAUAUUUUAUAUCACUAGUCAUGUUAUUUAAUAAUCACACAUUGUAUAAAAUUGAAUUUCAAAUUUUUAUUUUUAGAAAAGUUUUCAUUUCGUGGACUAUAAAUAUAACUAUUUCUGGGAAAAACUGUAUCUGUAUAAUCCGCAGUAUUUAUCAUAGAAUAUCUGUAGAAAAACAUAUCAUAAUUUUACUUUUUCGUUUCUAUGAAUAGCUUGUAUGCGAAAAAAUACCCAGAAUACAAGGUGUUUCUGUAAUAUAUAUCCAGUUUUCGCUUAUUACGACAAACUAGUUGUAUGAAAAAAGUAUAGUAUCUCUACCAGGACGACUCUAGAAGUAAUCUCAGUGAAAACUAUUUCUUUUAUAUUAUAUAGAAUACAGGGUGUCCCACGACGAGUUAAAACUAUCUGUAUAUAUGACAAAAUACUUCUAGUAAAAUCAUGAAAAUUUCUACGUUUGGGUUUCAAAUACAAUCUUGUUUUUUAAUUUUGUUAUUUUAAAUGGAACACUCUGUAUAUUCAUAUAUUUUUGAAAUCUAUAUAAAAUUUUAGUGUACUUUUGUUUGAAAACUUUAUUCGAAAAAUGCAUACUUUUUGAGUUAUAAAUUUUCUUGUAAAAAAAUUGACCGUUGCAGACUCUUAUAAAUUAUUUUUUUACGAGGUAUAUAUAUAAAAUGAAACAUUUUUUAGCAUAGAUUCAAAUACGUCUGACCUUACUAUAAGAAACAGAACAGAAAACAUUUUCAUAGAUUUAAGGGUAUCCACGUAAAAAAAUAAUUUAUAAGGGUCUGCAAUAGUCAAAUUUUUUACAAAAUAAUAACUCAAAAAGUAUGCUAUUUUCGAAAAAAGUUUUUGAACAAAAGUAUACUGAAAUUUUACGUAGAUUUCAAAAAUGUAUUGAUAUACAGGGUGCUCUGUUGAUCUCGUCUGCUUUAACUCGUUAUGGGACGGGAGCGGUCAAUGCUGCCGUGUGCAAUCAUAGGGCCAAAAAUAAAAAAUAAUAUUCUUAUGUAUUUUGAACCAAAUAUGUCUGACAUUUUUUCGAAAAACUGCAAGUUUAUGCAAAUAUGGCCCAUUAUAAGAAGAUGAGGUCGCUUAUAAUUUUUCCGUAUAAUGCAUAUUCAAAAAUUUACAAAUUAACAAUGAAAAUUUUUCGCAAUUAUCUCCCAAUAUACUCUGCCAAUCAGGAUAUUCGCCUUAACCAAAUAUAAAAUUGAUUGUGACAGAUGUUUAUUUUACUAUAAAUAAAAGUAGUUUUUACGUUGAUUACUUUUAGAGUCACCAUCGUAUAUUACGACAAAGUCACUAAGUCUUCCAAUCGUGUAUAUAAUAUCACUUGUUCUAGUAUUUAUAUACGAGGAGUGUCUGAAGAGUGUCCAACUUAACAAAGUAACAAUACAUAAUAUUUUUUAUUUUAAACGUAGUCUUUUUUCACUAAUUUUUUUCAAAAAUAAGCGUUUACAUAUGCAAUAACGUCCUAAUCUGAUAAAAAUUUCUCUCCUUAAGGUUAGUAAAGAGGAAUAAGUCACUGAUAACCAGAUCUGGUCGUCAAUGAAUCGCUUCUUCACCUUAUCAAUCAGUACUUUUCUAUAAUUAUUUUAUCUUUUUUUUAUACCCGAUGAAGACUUUUCCUCCAGUUGAACCAUCUUUACCUUUUACAAUCCAUUGUCUUGACUAUUUUUUCAUCUACAGUUAUCAAUUGAUGCAAGAAAUUCGACUUAUUUUGCUCAAACCGCCUCCAUAAGACUUGAGAAAUGGUCAAUCGAAUGCGCUUUUGGUCCAAUGGGAGCAAACGCAGUACCCAACACACCAAAUCACUACGUAUGUAUAUUUCUUCGGUCAGUAUACCACAAAUGUGCUCUUUUAAUAUUUCGUUAACCCCUUUUAUCUCUCUAAACUUAAUUCGACAGUUUUCCAAAACCAUUUGCCCAGUAUUCGUACAACGCCUCUUUAAUUUCGUUAAAAAUGGCUGAUAUUUUGGUUAGAAUCUUUCAACGCAUGCGUAAAUAUAUUGCCUAACCUAUAUUAAUGAAUAUAUUUCCAAGUUGAAAUCAGGAACUUGUCAGACAACCCUCGUAUACCUGUAUAAAGUGUUGUAAUAUUGUAAAUAGCUUAUUGUUCUUACUCUAUAUCUUCUUCCUACUUGUGGUCAAUAUUUUAUUUUUUCAUAUCUACUGUAUUUAUUUUGGGGCUUUAUUAUAGAUGUGGAAGGUAUUUUUGGAAUAGUACUUGUAGAAACGACCUAAUAAUUAGAAUGUGAAAAAUACUAAAAUUAAACACCAUGUGAGAUCUCGAAUAAAUAAUUUUCAUGGGGUGAACGUAUUUGACGUUUUAAUAUUCCAUAUUUGUGUUGUGGUGGAAAAGAAUCGGUCUCUCGAAGAUCAAUUUUUCCACCAAAAACUAUGAAAGAUGAAAAUUAACGGAUGUAUAAAAAAUUUCAAUACGAAAACUGCACGUUUACAACUCACAUAUUGAAAAUGAAUAUUUUAGUCUAAAUGGAUGAUGAAAAAUUAAUUAACAAAAUUAAUUAUAUCAAAUUAGGUAAUAAAAUGUUAAUUAAAAGGGUUUUUUAUACAUAGGGGUCUAAGCAAAGGCAGCAAUUGUACAAAUUGUCGUAGAAUAGUUUAUUAUUUUCAAAACUUAAUAAUUUGUUCCAACAUUAUUAAGAUUGUUGUGUUAAGACAAUAACUAUUUAGAAUCCAAGUUAAAUUUUAAGAAUUAACCUCUAAGUACUAUGUCUAUGCGCAGGGCUAGGACGAUUCAAUCUAAAAUCGUAAAAUCGAAUCUUUAAAUCGAUUUUUCUGCACAACUUUCAUAUCAAACAAUAAUAGCAUAUAUUAUUGACGGAUCAAAGUUAAUUUUUUUUAGAUUACAGGUAUAUACAUAAACUCUGCUUUCCGUUUGCUGUCUCCGGUUGAUGUUUGCUGUUUGACAUUCGUAGCAAAUUCUACUCCAUAUUCAUAAACGUGACAAACGCGAACGCAUGUGAUUGGCUCUUUUCAAUUGAUACUAAAGUUGCUACGAACGACUGACAGGAAAAGUUGAAAUUCGCAUUCAUUAGUAUAAACCCUGUAUUUUAGGAUAAUAAUUUUUGUCGCCAUAACUUCACUACAUUUUUAAUAUGUUGCAGAUGUCGUCAUAUAAUUUAGUGAAUAAUUAUAGUUGUCACAAAGAACUAUAGGGUGUUUCAAGAAUAAAUGUCAAAUCAGAAUUUUUCAGCCCGAGAAAAUAUGUGAGAAAAUUCACAUUUCUGUUCACUGUUUUCUAUUUAAUGACUCCUAAGUUAACUUUCAGACAUUCAGACAGCUGCCAUUAUUUCCAAAUAGGAAGAUCGCUGGACUUGAGUUAAUAUUGAUAAACAUGACAACGAAUGUCAAGUAAAUUUCCACAGUUUAAAAGUUUCAGAAAUCUGUCACAAGAUUUGUAUUCUAUUUGAACGAAUUGAAAGGUAUAUUUUUUCUCUACCCUGUAUAUCAUAAACUAAAAGGUGAAGGAAAAAAAUUGUAUGUAGUACAAAAGGGUACGAUAUAUUAAAACACACAGUGUAUUUUCUUUACACUAAUUCAUAUUCAUGUUCUACUUAAUUUAUAUUUAAAAAAUUUUCUAGAAUAUUCAAUUUCUGGAAAAAACCACUAGUGUUAUCUAUUUAGUCAAACUAAUAAAUUGAGGUCACCCUAUAUGCUCAAAAAUGACAGUUACUACUUAAGUUUUGCGAUUUGCCAGCACUGAUAUGGAUAUGUCAAAUCUGACAUUGACAUUGUCAUCUGUCACAUGUCAUGAAUGUAUGUGUUGUCCUACGAGUGCUAUUUAAUUUGACAUAUUCAUCUUGAGUGAUUGCGAUGACUUUCAACGUGGAUUAAACCAACAGCACCAUGAAACACCAUCUUCGCUGGUUUUUCGAAUUUAAUAGUGAUGGUACUUCGCUAAAGGAUUAAUUUCGUGGAAGUCGUGUAAAAUCGGCUGUUGUGCUAGAAAACAUCGAUGCUGUACGUAAACUGAUGUUGCAAGAUCGUCAUGUGACUUACCUUGAGAUUGAGCUAUACCUGGAUAUUAGUUCCACGUCUGUAAGAUGGUGACGAAUCAUGGAUUUAUGCAUUUGAGCCCGAAACUAAGUAACAAUCGACUGUAUGAGUCUUUCAAGACGAAGUCAAAUCCAACAAAAGUUCGUCAAGCUCGAAGCACUUUGAAGCAAAUGGUCGCCUAUUUGUUCGUAAUAACUAGAGAUGUCGCUGCCGUUCCAAAAUAGAAAGAUCAAUUGUGGAUGGUACACCAGCAUCUAUUUGCCAAAA